AUGAUCUCGCUCUUCAAGCUCUCUGCCCUCAUGGGCCUCAUGGUUGUUCUCGCCAACCAGGCCUCCACCGCUGAUGCGGCUUCAUCCAUCAUGCCAAACGUGUGCACCCCACAGGAGGAGGCUGGCAUGCCAUGCGUGUGCUGCAAAAAGGCCUGCUGGUUCGGCAUCGCGGAGAUGACGACCGCAUACUUCGGCCACAUGCCAGGAGAGAGAAGCGACGCCGAGGCCAAGUUCACCCUGGCCAUGAUGAACCAGUGCUUCAAGCUCGAAUGCAGCGACUCCUGCCCAUCUUCUCAUUAA